AUGGCCACCGAACCCAUCAACUUCGAAAAGAUAUCCUGCUACGCUCAGAGCCAGGUAGAGGCGGAGUUUAUAUACAAGGAAAUCUUUGAGGAUCACUGUUACGAUCUUCCGAAUGCCUCGAUAUCGCCCUUCAUCAUUGACGCCGGUGCGAACAUUGGCUUAAUGUCCCUCUAUAUGAAGCAAAGAUACCCAUCAUCGAAGAUUCUCGCAUUUGAGCCCGCACCCGAUACAUUCGAUAUCCUCCGACGCAACCUCGACUUACACAACGCUGGCGAUUUGACCUAUUACCCGAAAUUGCCCGGAAAUUCUACUCUCGUCCCGGAGGAAAAGCAGCACAUCUAUGGCGAGGCUGUGAGAGUCCACGGCCAAGAAGCCGUAGACCAGUUAUUUGGUGAUACGUUCAAGACGGCCCAGGAGGUCGAUGUUAAGUUGCAACGGCUUUCACAUUUUCUGCAUAAUCGCUCAGGUAUUGAAGCAAUUGAUCUGCUCAAGAUUGAUGUCGAAGGUGCCGAACUCGACGUUUUACGUGGGUUGGAUGAUGUUCACUGGUGUUUGAUACAAAACAUCAUUCUAGAGGGAUGUGAGGCUUCUGGAACCCGAGCGACCAUCGAAGAAUUGUUGAAGUCAAAGGGGUUUAGCUUUACAAGGGAGGCGGCUGCAUGGGCUCCGAGGGACUUCUACAUGCUUCGAGCUUAUCGCAAGGUCCUUGUCCCGAUGCGCGAGCAAAUCAACCCCGGACUCUGCACGCUUCCAGUGGGAUAUGAUGGUGAAGACGGCGAGUGGGCCGUGGCUCUUGGACAGGAUGAAGGCUGCACGAGAUGA